UGCUUAUUGGUCUACUUGAAACGUACAAAACAAGUCUAUUCUUGUCGGGUACAAGGCUUCAGGAGAGGAAGUGUUGUUGCAAAUAUAAAGAUCACAUAUCCAACUGGGCUCARUGAGCCAAGGAAACCCUUAGAAGAUGCAAUUAAGACUGGUACAUUUGCAAACCAAGCUGUGAAGAAAUUUUUUGUUAGUCCUACUAACCUUCCAACAAAAUCAACAAAGCCAACAGAAAAAACAUCUAUAAAUCCUUCUGAUGGUCCAGAUUCUGGCAAAAGAACCAGUGAUGAAGGUGGAUUGUCAACUACUUCCAUUAUUGCCCUUGUUGCAGUGUUGGCAGUCGUCUUACUUAUUCUAAUUGUUGCUGUUGUGGUGUGGAUGAUGACAAGAAAAAGGCCUGCUCCUCAGAAACAAUACUACGUAGAUGGUAAAAGCCAACCAGCAGGUGCUCCUCUCAAGUUACAGCCUUAUGGAGAUCUAAGCUACCACAAAGGUCCUAAUGAUGGUUAUGCAAACAUCCGAGACCUUCCACCGCAGUAUAAUUCCACUGGCUAUGCUGAACCAAGACCUAGCCAACCAAACCGAAAUGCCGUACAAUUGCAAUGGAAUAAAAGUGAUGAGUUGUGGAUUUGAUCGCAGGGUGUGAGCUAAUGUUGGAAAUGUCAUAUAUUCUUAACAUAAAUCAUUUUGUAAAAUUUGUAUAUUUAAUAUUAACUUUUUAGUUUUUUUCUAAGCUAAAACAAUGUAUAUAAGGCAACAUGUCAUUCCUAGUGACUAUUUUAGUAUGCACUUUUCUUUUGUUCCCACCAUGUUUUUGCUUGGGACAUCUAUGCAAGAUAACUGUUUUUGUAUCUUAUCAGUGCUUUAUUAAUUUAUUUUGCAUUUAAUCUGGUGCACUGGUGUGCCAGUACUAUAACGUAAUUAUCCAAUGUGAACAAAAAAAAWAUAUUUUGUGGAUCUAUUUUAGCCACUUUUUCAGUGGAAAUGCUCCUUUAUAUCUGUAUAUUGAUAUAAAUAUUCUUAACUUUUACAGAAUUUUACAAAAAGCUCUGUAUAUAUAUAAUCAGUGUUAUUAACAUGUACCAUAUAUUCAUUAAAUUAAGUAAAGAUUGCAAUAAAUUGAUGUCAUUAAUGUAAAACUAUAUGUCAACUAGUGUAGAAAAUAUACAAUUUAGUUAUAUUUGAGACCUUAUGCUCCACAUGGUGCGAAGUAGGCCGAUCAUGGUACAAUUAAGCUGCUAUCAAUCUAUUAUUGCAAAUCAAUAUUCUAAUUGAUAAUAAAAAAUGAUGUUGUAUUUAA